GUUGGAGGAAAGAUGGAUGAGAACCGUUUUGUGGCUGUCACCAGUUCCAAUGCAGCUAAGAUUCUCAACCUAUAUCCCCGCAAGGGCCGCAUCAUCCCCGGAGCUGAUGCCGAUGUCGUGGUGUGGGACCCAGAAGCCACAAAGACCAUCUCAGCCAGCACCCAGGUACAGGGGGGAGACUUCAACCUGUAUGAGAACAUGCGCUGCCAUGGUGUGCCACUGGUCACCAUCAGCCGGGGCCGCGUCGUGUAUGAGAACGGCGUCUUCAUGUGUGCUGAGGGUACCGGCAAGUUCUGUCCCCUGAGGUCCUUCCCAGACACUGUCUACAAGAAGCUGGUCCAGAGAGAGAAGACCUUGAAGGUUAAGGGAGUAGACCGCACCCCCUACCUGGGGGAUGUCGCUGUGGUUGUGCAUCCCGGGAAAAAAGAGAUGGGAACACCGCUCGCAGACACUCCUACCCGGCCCGUCACCCGACAUGGGGGCAUGCGGGACCUUCAUGAAUCCAGCUUCAGCCUCUCUGGUUCUCAGAUCGAUGACCAUGUUCCAAAGCGAGCUUCGGCUCGGAUCCUCGCUCCCCCAGGAGGCAGAUCAAGUGGCAUUUGGUAAAGGCACUGACCAGCCCCCAAGUGAGGAUGCACCGCUGGCACCAGCCCGCACACCCUCCGGCCGCAGCUGCAGGGGCGGGAGAGGCUGGGCUGGGCAGCAAACCACCUGAGGGGGCCCCAGGACCCGGGAGCCCUCCCCAUGUCUGAAACGUGAUUCACUGUGCUUCGAGCCGACCCUGACAGGCACUUUGAGAUAUGUUCCUCCUGCUGUAGUCUUUUCCUGCCUUGGCCUCAGCGGCGGGCUUUUCUGGGGCCCAGGAAGCCCACACUAUGCACAGAGCCCAACGCAUAGAGCCCGGCCCAGCCCCUCCUCUCACACCUGCCUCCACGUGCUGGCUUUGGGAAAGCCCAGACUUGAGUGCCCUGCCCCUGGCUGGGCGGCCAGGUGUCCAGAGCACUUUAGCAGAUGUAUUGUAAAAGUAAAGGCCUCCCCACCCACCUCCUUAGGCCCCAUGGUGACAUUUCCCAAGUCAGACAGGUGUCAGCUUCCCAGCCAUGCCCAGGACAUCCCGUUUCUCCUGACUCACCUCUGGCCCUGUGUGGGUGUGGUUGGGACCCCCUGGGUGUGGGUGUGGUUGGGACACCCUGUGCCCUUUGCCAGCUUUUCCUUCCCCCACCCAUGCCCUCUGGGAGUCACAGGCCCAGAGGGUAGCUGGGGGGUGGGACAGGCACGAGGCUGGUGCCAGGCACGUGUACAUGGUUUUGUUUUGCACGUUUGGUUUGCGCAGUGGUUUGGUUUGACUUGUUUGUGCAUCCUGUGAAAAAUAACGGUGCUUUGUGUCCCUAGCAUAGCAUAGAAACAGGAAUAGAUGUGGUCCUUAGGAGACGCUGCACUCGACACCAACCAGACAGCACAGGGCAGAGGCAGUGGUGCGCUGGCCUCUCAGGCCCCUCUUCUUCCCACCUGGGGUCCUCUGGGCUGCUGAGGCCCUGGCCCAGGCCUUCUUCUCCCCUCUCCUCCUGGUCUAGUUUCCUACAUUCUGAGAGGGCGCCUGGGAUGCUGGCCCUGGAGACCUUCAGCAGCCUCGUGGCCUUUCCCAUCUCUGCCCCUGGUCAGUCACAGCACUAACCGCGCCCCCCC